AUGUCUACUGAAUCUAUCGCUAUCAUUGGCAGUGGCUGCCGAUUUCCAGGACAAGCAAAUUCGCCCGUCAAGCUCUGGGAAUUACUAUCAAAACCCCGGGACGUCCUGCGCGAGAUCCCAGCUGAGCGCUACCACGCAGCCAGUUUCUAUCAUCCGGAUGGAUUGCACCAUGGCUCCAGCAACGUUCGACAUGCAUAUACAUUGACGGAGGAUGUACGGACCUUUGACGCCGGUUUCUUCCAGAUUAGCGCAAAUGAAGCGGCGGCUAUCGAUCCCCAGCAGAGGCUCCUACUUGAGGUUGUUUAUGAAGCUCUAGAAUCCGGUGGCCUGCCAGUAGAGAGCCUCAGGGGAUCGAAUACCGCUAUAAUUGUGGGCCAGAUGUGCGCUGACUACAAUGACAUUCUGACCCGCGAUCUGGAUACGCUGCCCACUUAUUUUGCGACCGGAACCUCCCGAGCAAUUAUGGCGAAUCGAGUCUCGUAUGCUUUUGACUGGCAUGGCCCUUCGUGGACAAUUGACACCGCAUGUUCAUCCAGUUUGGUCGCUGUUCACCAGGCAAUCCAGGCUCUCCGGUCAGGCGAGUCUCGUGUUGCCGUUGCCGCGGGCUCUAAUCUUCUCCUCGGACCUGAGCCGUACAUUGCUGAGAGCAAGCUGAAGAUGCUCUCACCCGACGGUCGAUCUCGCAUGUGGGAUGGCCGUGCGAAUGGCUACGCCCGUGGUGAUGGUGUCGCUGCGAUCGUUUUGAAGAAGCUCUCAACGGCACUGGAAGAUGGUGACAGUAUCGAAUGUGUGAUUAGGGCCACCGGCGUCAAUCAGGAUGGGCGUACGAAAGGUAUCACCAUGCCUAGCAGCGACGCUCAAGCCGAAUUGAUUCGCAGGACAUACAAAGCCGGUGGCUUGGAUCUCGUCAAAGACCGGCCGCAAUUCUUCGAAGCUCAUGGCACUGGCACCAAGGCAGGAGACCCGCAAGAGGCGAGAGCCAUCUUUAAUGCCUUCUUUGGACCGGGAGCAGACGAAGACGGAAAGGUCAAUCUAACAGUUGGCUCUAUCAAGACAAUUAUAGGACACACGGAGGGUACUGCAGGUUUGGCAGGUCUCUUCAAAGCUUCCUUGGCACUUCAAAAUGCUCAGAUCCCUCCCAACAUGCAUCUCCGCACAUUGAACUCAGAGAUUGAGCCGUAUUGGACGCGUCUGCGUAUUCCGACUGAGCUGCAAGAAUGGCCAGCGCAUUCAGGCUCAGUUCGUCGAGCCAGCGUGAACAGCUUUGGAUUCGGUGGAACGAACGCCCACGCCAUCUUAGAAAGCUAUUCAAACAUUCAGCAGCGAAGGUCCAGACACAGUGGUCCUGUCAUCAUGCCGUUCGUCUUCUCAGCACAGUCCGAAUUGGCUCUGGCCGACAUGAUGGAAAGGGUUGCCACUCAUCUUCGACAAUACCCCAAUACCGAUCUUGCCGAUCUUGCGUGGACUCUGUACUUCCGUCGGAGUUUGUGGCCUAUCCGAGCUGCCUGUUCUGGGACCAAUGCCUCAGAUUUGGUUAAUAACCUCCUUGUUAGCGCGGAUAAGAUUCGGACACACAGUCAAUCUCCAGUGGUGAAACCUGUCAGUAUCGGCCAUGCACAGCUACGCGUGUUAGGCGUCUUUACCGGACAAGGAGCUCAGUGGCCCACGAUGGGACGCGAACUUAUCAGAAGCUCCCCUUGGUUAGAGCGUCGCGUGGCCGAAUUAGAAGAAAGCUUAUCUCGUCUACCCGAGGAGGACCGUCCGACGUGGUCGCUUAAAGAGGAAAUGUUAUCUCCUGGCGCCAAAGUUGGAGAAGCACGUCUAUCCCAGCCAUUGUGUACCGCAGUCCAGAUUCUUCUUGUGGACUGCUUGAAAGCGGCAGGAGUUGAGUUCUCCGCAGUCGUCGGUCACUCAUCUGGCGAGAUCGGAGCAGCAUAUGCCGCGGAGUGCUUAUCAGACGAGGCGGCUAUGUGGAUCGCGUAUUAUCGCGGAUUGCAUACAGCGCAGGCAGGCGGCCAACAGGGAACACCGGGAGGUAUGCUUGCGGCCGGAACAUCUAUGGAAGAUGCCCAAGAGCUGUGCGAGCUGCCUACCUUUGCUGGUAGACUGACUGUUGCUGCUAGCAACUCCGCGGCGAGCGUGACAAUGUCGGGUGAUAAGGAUGCUGUCAACCACGCACACCUUGUCUUCCAGGACGAGAAGAAGUUCGCGCGCCCGUUGAUGGUCGACAAAGCCUAUCACUCUCAUCAUAUGCGCCCUUGUGCAGGCCUGUAUGGGAGUUCCUUGGACGCCUUACGAAUCCAGGUGAACGAGCGUCGCUGCCCAUGGUACUCAAGUGUGUAUGAUGGGAAUAUAAUCACCGGCGCUGAAGGCCUCGAGGGACAAUAUUGGGUCGACAACAUGUGCCGUCCGGUGUUGUUUUCACAUGCACUCACCAAGGCAAUCCAACACUCCGAUCCUUAUCAUCUGGUUCUCGAGGUGGGCCCGCAUCCAGCGCUGAAGGGACCUGCAACGGCGACUAUCCAGGACGCACUAAAAUCGGAGCUUCCCUAUACAGGGUUGCUACAUCGCAAUUCCCAUGACGUAAAAGCCUUCAGUGAUACUAUGAGCUUCAUAUGGGCUCGGUUUGGACGUGAUGCCCUGAACCCUCCCAAACUGCAGGCGGUCUUUUCGGAUACCGAUGAAAAAUACCAGCUCGUACGAAACCUGCCGUUCUACCCCUGGGAUCACAGUCGUCCUUUCUGGCAUGAGUCCCGUGUUAUACAUGAUGAACUGACUCGCGACUCAUUCCCACAUCUCCUACUGGGAAAUCGUCAAACAAGCAACCCGGAUUAUGCUCAAUGGCGAAAUAUCCUAUCUCUCAAGGAGAUUCCUUGGCUACGGGGACAUUCCAUGCAGGGGCAAAUCAUUUUCCCGGCUUCAGGGUACAUUUCGAUGGCAAUUGAAGCAACUAGGUCGGUGGCGGGCCGUGAGCAUAGCAUAUCCCUGAUAGAGGUCCUUGACCUCAUCAUCGAUCGACCGAUAACAUUCGAUAAGGAUGAUGCUGGAGCAGAUGUUGUCGUGGCACUUGCAAACAUCGCGCGCGAAUCGCAAGAUGGCUCUGAUAGACGCUUGACCGCCACGUUCAAUUGUCAUACCACUGCUGGCCGGGGGUCGAAGUCUCUCAUAUUGGCAGCCCAUGGUCGCGUCUGUGUCACGUUGGGCACUCCUCAGGAAGAAACCCUCCCUUCUGCCCGCCAGGUAUUUGAGGAUGUUAUCCAGGUAGAUACGGAAAGGUUCUAUGACGGGUUGAAAGAACUGGGUUAUUAUUACACGGGGCCCUUCAAAGCACUAGCUAACUUGGCACGAUACCUCAAUCUCAGCACCGGUGUUGUUUAUCAGCCUGAAUCCGAUGUUGAAGGGUUUACUGACAUGCUCGUUCACCCUGCUAUGUUAGAUGCCUCUUUCCAGUCAGUCUUUCUAGCCUACAGUUGGCCUGGGGAUGGCCGUCUUUCGUCGCUGCACGUCCCGACAAGCAUCAAACGAGUGCAAGUGAAUCCGGCCUUGUGUGUGACCUCCGGAAAAAGGUUUAAUUUCCACACCGAGUCCGAGGAAGGCUUAAAGGCUUCUAUAAAUGCAGACAUCACGUUGUCGCGCACAGCUAAUGAAGCAGCCGCUAUUCGAGUCGAGCAGAUCACUGUCAUUCCAGUCGUACCACCUACGGCUGCGGACGACAGGGCACUCUUUGCGAGUGAGGUUUGGGAGAAUGCCAAUCUUGAUGAUGCAAGCUCGGUCUCUUCACCACCCUGUGUUGAGGAGAAAGGAAGGGAAAUCAUUGCAGCCGCGAAGAAGCAUCUUGUCGACACCGCUAGCCUCAAUGAGCCCGCCGAUAAAUAUGCUGCUGGUAUCGCCAGAAUUAAUCGCCAUCUGCUUGCACUUUCUGAGUCACAGGAAGAGGAGCCUACCACAAUGGAAGGAGCAGAUUCUGCUGCAGCAGAACAACCUGACUUGUCUGACCCAGAGGAUAUCGAUCUAACUAUCUUGGUUAACACCGUAGGCUUCCUGUCCCAGAGUGACCGGGAACAUACAGGUAGCCAUGCGCAGAAGCUUUGGGAAACCGAUCUUCUUUCCAAAUACUUCAAGCGAGGCUUGGGGGUGGCUAGCUCUAACAGCCAGCUGGGCCGGUUGCUUCGUCGGCUGUUACAUCGGUAUCCUGCAAUGAAUAUUGUUGAACUCAACGCGAGCAACCUAAGCUUAGCCGCAUCAAUAUUGCAAGACAUAAACCCGGGGUUCUCAUCUUAUACCCUGGCCUCGCCAAAAUCUCGCAUGGAAGUCUUCAAGGAAAUAAUACCCUCGAAGGCACGGAUGAGCAUCUCAACGAUAGACUUCAAACGGAAAGUCGAGGAGCAGGGCUUCGCGGCCAACCAGUCCGACCUCAUUAUAGCCAGUUUGGUGCUCAGUGAUGUCCCCGUUGAUGAUAUGCUCAAGGCCGCUAGACGCUUGGUUCGCCCCGGAGGCUAUCUUUUCUUGCAGACCGUGGGAGAGCUGGCCCGCUUUGAUCUCUACAGUGACAUUGCCGAGACGAUGCCUUUGACAAUUCCAGAAUGGCACCGUCAGCUUCGAGAACACGGGUUUGCUGGCAUAGACGCGCUUCACUCAUCGUCUUCAGGUCAGCCAUUGAGUAUCAUUGUCAGUCAAGCGACGAACGAGCGAGUCGCGCUCUUGCGUCAACCCCUGCUCAGCACUCCAUCAGACUUGGACCUCUCGGAGGUCGUUCUAGUGGGGGGCACGAGCAUGUCCACACUCAGACUGAUUGAGGAUCUGUCGGUCCACUUAUCUCCCAAAUGCCCCCGAAUGACCAGACGCGACUCUUUGAAUGACUUGGCCGAUACCCCAAUUAACGCCCUCAGCACAAUCAUCUGUCUCAGUGAUUUGGAUAGUCCCGUGUUCAAAAAUCUGCGAGAAGAUAUAUGGAACGCGUUGAAGACGCUUUUCGACCAAUCACAGAACAUCCUCUGGCUACUCCGAGGGGCGCGUAGCAGCGAGCCAUACUGUAACGCUACAGUUGGCUUUGGGCGAACUGCGAUGCUCGAAAUGCCGCAUUUGAAUCUCCAAUUCUUGGAUAUCGGGAAUGAAAUCGAGGCAGCAGACGCACGAGUUAUCGCAGAGCAUGCCGUGCGUCUCUGUCUCCUUGGUAGGGAGCGGCAAGAUUCGGCCAGUGCUUCGUCUGUGCUCUGGUCAAAUGAGCCUGAGCUCCUGAUUAAGAAUGGCAAAACAUACAUUCCUCGAGUUAUUCCACACAAGGCUCAGAACGAUCGGUAUAACGCGCGAAGACGACUGGUCCCCCAAUCUGUCAAUCCUUCGGACACUGCAAUCUGCCUGCAGAGAGCCGCGUCGGGCGAAACUACUAUUCACCUGGAUCACGAACCUCAGCUGUCGCCAGCGGGCAAUAUGGUACUCGUAAGCGUGAUUUAUUCCGCCACACAACCGCUCAGUCUAGCAUCUGGCAAGACUCAGUAUAUCGUCUUUGGACGCUGCAAGGCUUCGGACAGGACGCUAUUCGCACUGGCUCCCAGACUAGCCAGUCAGGUCGCUGUGGAGAAAGAGCUGUGCAUAUUCCAUGGAGAUAAGAACCGGGAGGUCACCCCCGCUGAUGUUGUUAUAACCGAGUAUUUGAUAACCCGCCUGCUCAUCCAAAGCGUCUUGCGAGACGCUGUUCCCGGGACCAGCGUCGUUGCUUUCGAUGUUGAAUCCAAUUCACGAACCAUUCUCUCCAGUCUUGCUCGAGCUAGGGGAUACAACAUAGUUUGGGCCACGCACAACAAGACCAAUAAUCCAAGGGAUGUCGUUCUUCAUCGAAGAGCCAAUGAUCGAGAGUUGAGAGCAUCAAUCCCCACGCGACCAUCGGUCGUCCUCGAUUUCUCGCAAUCGCCCCAAUAUGACUCUGCAGCGCGUCGUCUCUCGACCAUGCACGAUUGCCGCCUGAUUCAGAUGCAACUGGUGCGAGGCGCAGGAGCCUGUACUCUUCCCGAUAAUAACGGCGUGAAUGCACUACAGCGAGCGUACGAGCAGUUCCGCGUCGAUGGGGAUGGUAGUGCUAUCCCAUCUUCUGGGCAUCUCAUUAAACUUGCGGAGCUGCCACAAAGGCUCGAUUCUCCUUAUGCCCUGAUUGACUGGCAGGCGCAAUCUGUCGUGGCCCAGCUAGACCCCGCUGAAGCACAGCCUUUGUUCCACGCCGAUCGGACUUAUUUGCUCGUAGGUCUUACGGGUGGGCUGGGAUUGUCGCUUUGUGAGUGGAUGGUCCGACUGGGCGCUCGACACCUAGUCGUCACCAGUCGGAGUCCCAGGGUAGACGAGCGAUGGAUACAAUGCCUCCGUCAGAAGGGAGCAAUAAUCACUGUGAUUGCCAGUGAUAUUACGGACCCCAAAUCAGUGCAGACCCUAUACGGGCAACUGCAAGAGACUGUCCCACCCAUUGCUGGCGUGGUCAACGGAGCCAUGGUACUUCGGGAUUCCUCCAUCUACGAUAUGGAUGUCGAGAAUAUGCACACAGUGCUGCGCCCCAAGAUCGACGGCAGCCGAUACCUCAAUUCCAUCUUCACAGAGAGCCACCCUCUCGACUUCUUCAUCAUGCUAUCCUCUCUAACGGGUGCCUGCGGCAACAGUGGACAAGCCAACUAUACAGCGGCUAACAUGUUCAUGGCCGGGCUCGCGGCACAACGCAAAGAGCGGGGACUGGUAGGCUCGGUGAUCGAUAUCGGGGCCAUGAUGGGCGUGGGGGUGCUGGUACGUGACCGUAGCUACGCCCUGCAGGUCCAGCUGCGCGACUACGGCUAUUUAUGGAUGUCUGAGUACGACUUCCACCAGAGCUUCGCCGAGGCCAUUCUGGCUGGCCGACCGGAUAACGCGGUGGAGAACCCGCAGGUGCUGGCAGGCAUCCGGCUUUGUCGCCGUGAUGAGUUGAAUACCGUGCAAUGGGAGCAGAAUCCUCGCUUCUCCCACUGUAUUCUGCCAACUGAGUCAAUCUCAUCUUCCGCCCAUGCACAGGCGCAGUCAAUGGUUUCUCUUGCGACGAGUGUGGCGGAGGCGCUUGACGAAGCUGAGAUUGGACAAAUUGUGGAGGAUGCCUUUUUGCAGAAACUUGUAAUGGCUCUAUCUUUGCCGGAAAUUGAGGAUACAACGGCCCGCGCCAGAUUGCUUAGUCAAGGUGUGGAUGAGCUCGGGGUUGACUCCCUUGUGGCGGUAGACAUUCGGUCAUGGUGGCUGCGUGAGCUGCGCGUGGAUAUGCCUGUGCUGAAGAUUAUGGGAGGCACUGUAAUCACCGAUUUGAUCGCCUACGCGGUCAAGCAACUCCAGCCUGCAGCCGUGGAGGGAAGCGCUAAUGAGCCGCUCGACAAUGCCUCAGAGCAGGUUGAGGAAGCUUCCGAGCAAUUCGAAGAGACUGCAUCUAUCCACUCCAUGGACAGCUCAAAAGCAGAGAUGAUAUCUACUCCUUUGAAUGGCUCCAUUCCGUCCACAUCCACUAGCGAGCCGGACACCACCAAGAUCGGGCCACCGCCUGUCGUACAACGCGAGCAAAUGUCGUAUGGACAGCGUCGAUUCUGGUUCUUGUCCAAAUACCUCGAAGACAGGACGACAUUCAACAUCACCUGCUUGAUCCGGCUCAGCGGAGCUCCUGCUAUGGAAGCCCUAGCGCGGGCUGUCCACGCACUUGGAACCAGACAUACCGCAUUGCGGACUUGCUUCUUCGAGGUAGAGGAGGGCGGAAUAUGGCAAGGAAUUCUGCCCGAGUCCACGUUGGAAUUGGAGAGGGGCUCCGUCCGCAACUACGACGAAGCUGUUCAACAAUUCCAUCUCAUGCACGCACACGAAUACAACCUCACCAUGGGUGAGAGUAUGCGCAUCAUGUUCUUGUCGGGGCCCUCUCAGAGUCACUAUAUCAUUAUCGGCUACCAUCACAUCAACAUGGAUGGAAUCAGUCUGCAGGUGGUUCUGAAGGAUCUAGAAGCGGUCUACAGCGGACGGGCGCUGGGGUCUGAACCACUUCAAUAUCACCAGUUCUCUACCUGGCAGUACCAGCAGAUAGAGAGCAACGCCGUUCAUUCCGAUAUCGAGUACUGGCGCGAUGAGCUGCGCGAUAUGCCUGAUAUUCUCCCCAUCUUAUCUGUCUCCGCGCGGUCGACCCGCCAGCCAAUGCUGCAAUACGCACAUCAUCGCGUAGACUUCAAGGUCCCGCGGGCUCUUGGAGCGCAGAUCAAGCAAGCUGCACGCAAACACCGAGCUACCUCGUUCCAUCUCUACCUAGCCGUAUUCAAAACUCUGCUAUAUCGCUUCUCAGGGAGUCACGACCUCGUCAUCGGGGUGGCCGACGGCAAUAGAAACCAUCUUAGUGGCGCGCCGGACAGUGUGGGCUUCUACUUGAAUCUUCUACCAGUCCGUUUGCGCGGAGACGGUCAGGCUUCAUUCGCGCAGGCCCUAGAGGAGGCACGCACCCAAGCGCAUUCGGCCCUAGCGCAUUCCAAAGUCCCCAUCGACGUGCUAUACAAUGAGUUACAGGUCACCCGGUCAUCAUCAUACUCUCCCCUAUUCCAGGCUGUUGUGAACUAUCGUCAGGGCGCGCAAGAAAGUUUGCCAUUCGGUAAUUGCCGCCUUGAUGGCGAUAAAUAUGAAAUUGGGAAGACGGGGUACGACAUUAGCUUGGAUGUGAUCGAGAACGCGCCGUCCGAGGCCACAAUCAUGUUUGUGACGCAGAGUUAUUUGUAUUCGCCGGAACAAACCGAGGUCCUAGCGGCCAGCUUCAAGCAGCUGCUGAGCGCCUUCAGCCAGAGUCUGGAAUUCAGGCUGGAUGAAGCGCAGCUCUACGCGGCUGAGGAUAUCGAUAAAGCUAUGACGUUGUCACAAGGCCCGAAGUAUGCGCUGCAAUGGAAAGGAACUCUGGUAGACCGCUUUGACGAGAUAGUGGCUCGCUUCCCUAAGCGGCCCGCGCUCGAGGAUGGUUCACUGUCUUUGACAUACGCGGAGAUGUCUAUCCGCGUGCACGCCAUCGCCGCGGUUCUGUUGAGCCACGGUGUAGUUCCCGGUUGGAAAGUGGCUGUGUUCCAACAGCCUUCCAUCGACUGGGUCUGCUGUAUGUUGGCUGUCCUCCGGAUAGGAGCGAUUUAUAUUCCCUUUGACCCUAAGCUUUCACUCCCUCGACUCCAGCGGAUCGCCCAAAGCUGUCAGCCGGAGGUCGUCCUCUUUCACUCAGCUAACGCAAAGGAUGUCCCUGAGCUGUUAGCCGGGCAGCCCGACGUGAUCUCCAUCGACGUCGCCACGGCGAAGAUGACCAACCAAACCACGGUCGCGAAUCGAUCAAAGCCAGAUUCCACCAUGUUCAUCCUGUACACAAGUGGCUCCACAGGCCAACCCAAGGGAGUCAUCCUCGCCCAUUCGGGAUUUGCGCAGAGGCUCGAAACAUCAAGCCGGAUGUUCGCGCUCGGACCAGAUAUGGCUAUGCUGCAGCAGAGUGCACUAACGUUCGACGCAUCUGUGACGCAAGCAUUCAUGGCCCUAAGCAACGGAGGACGCCUGUUUCUACUCCGAAGGGAAUACCGAGGCGACCCAGCUGCCAUCGUCGAUCGGAUUCUGAAGCACGAACUGACCCAUACACUAGCAACUCCAUCGGAGUACGAAAGCUGGUUGCAACUCACCAACUCCCUGCCCCAGAAAGCGUCCGCCCUUGCCACGUCCAAAUGGCAAGUUCUGUUUUCGGGCGGCGAGAAAAUGAGCGACAGCCUCAAGCACGAGGUCCAGACACUGGGCAAGCAGGAUUUGCACUUACACAACCUGUAUGGUCCGACGGAGGUGAGUAUCUUUUCGCACUCGUUCGAGGUCGACUACCGUUCACUUUUGAAUAAACCCGUACCUUUGGGCCCUGUAAAUGUGAAUUACUCGGCUUUUGUGGUGGAUCGAAAUCUGAUGCCGGUGCCAGUUGGGGUACCAGGCGAAAUCCUCAUUACCGGCCCUGGAAUUGCGCUUGGAUACCUGAAUAACGAGGACUUGAGCCGCGAGAAAUUCGUGCAGUUCACGGCUCCACGAUCCAGCUCUUUGAGCGUCAGUAACAGCGAUUUGCGAGGGUAUCGCACUGGUGAUCGCGGCAGGUUGCGACCGGACGGUAUCCUGGAUUUUGAAGGCCGGAUCGGUGGUGACACGGAGAUAAAACUCCGAGGUUUGCGCAUGGACUUGAACGAUAUUGAAUGCGCGCUGCUUGAGGCGGCGAAAGGCCGGCUGACGACGGUCAUCGUCACUGUGCGAGGAGAUACCGACGUGCAGUACCUCUUAGCACAUGUGAUGUUCCAUCGCAAGCAGCAACAGGACUUGAGUUCGGAGGAGCAACGAGCGUUCGUGGAUGCUCUCACGCCGUCCUUGCCUUUGCCCCAGUACAUGUGGCCGGCAGCGGUUAUUAUCGCCGACUCAUUACCUAUCAACCCACAUGGCAAGAUAGACCGACGCGCGAUCGAGGCCCUACCCUAUCAUGUCACUCCUCCCAUCAACACCACGGACAAUGAAUCCAGUCUCACCGAAGCAGAGGCACAUCUCCGAGCUCUGUGGGAAGAGGUCCUACCCCCGGCAGUAGUCCAGCUGCAUCAAAUCGGCCGUAAGUCGGACUUCUUCCACGUAGGCGGAAACUCAAUGCUCCUUGUGAAACUCCAGCAAUCCAUCACCCGAGCCUUUGGUCGAAAAACCGUGCUGGUCGACUUAUUCGAGCGGACAACUCUAGCCAAGAUGGCCGCGUAUAUCACCAACUCCGCCAACAAAACCUGGGACAGAAUCGACUGGGCCCAAGAAAUCGCCCUCGACGCAGACCCGAUAGCAACUCAGCCUCCACAACGGAAGCCACGCCACAAGCAGGGCCACAUCAUCAUCCUCACAGGCGCAACAGGCUUCCUCGGCCAAGUCCUCUUCCAACAACUCCUCGCAGAUCCCACCAUAAAAACGAUCCACUGCAUCGCCGUCCGAACCCCCUCUCGCCUAGUAUCCAGCAUCCCCCCGGACUCCGUAUCCCGAGUGACCAUCCACUCAGGUGACCUCGGCCUCCCUCUAUGCGGGCUGGACCCAGAAACCAGCGAUCAGAUCUUCGCAUCAGCAAACACAAUCAUCCACAACGCCGCGGACGUGCACUUCCUGAAACCCUACGCAGCCAUGCACUCCGCCAACGUGGCCUCCACAAAAUGGCUAGCGCAUCAAGCCCGCACUCACCAUCUAGCCCUCCACUUCGUCUCAACAGCCAGCGUGAUCCAAUUCGCGCCACCCUCAAAAACCGCCCCAGGGUUCCCCGCUAUCUCCAUCGCAGCCUUCUCUCCACCCACCGAAAACGGCAUUGGAGGCUACGCAUCCAGCAAAUGGGUUGGCGAGAUAUAUCUCGAGCAAGCAAGCCAGCAAUGGGGCGUGGACGUGCACAUCCACCGACCAACAGCCAUCACGGGGCCCGGCGCACCGGAGCAGGAUAUUUUCCCGAACGUGGUGCGGUUCUCGCGGGCGAUGAGAGCCGUCCCUGUGCUAGGGAGUAUUCUGGCGGGGUGGCUUGAUUUCGUGGACGUGGAGAACGUGGCGAGACGGAUUCUCACGGCGGUGAGGUCUGACGGGCACGAUAGAGAUGAUGGAGAUGACAACCCCAACGACCAAUCAAAUGGAGAAGAACUAUUAAACUUCUAUCAUCACGCCGGAGACGUCGUGUUGCCCGUGGAAGAGUUUAAAGAUUAUUUGAAGAAAGAGACUGGCGAGGACAUCCGGACAUUAGACCUGGUGGACUGGAUCCAGCAGGCCGUGCAAGCGGGCAUGAGUCCCAUGGUGGGAGAGUAUCUGAAGUUAAUGGCGGGGGUGCAGGAACCGAUUUUCUUACCGUUGGUUUUGCCUUCUUGA